UGCUGUCCUCCCAACUACCUUCAGUUCACAAGCGCACGUGCACCUCCAACGAUCUCCUCUCAAGUCAUAGCACAAGUGUAUACAUAUUCCUCUUUUGAAAAUGGCGCCCAUUCAGAUGGAAAAGUCCUACGACGUGACAGUCUCCUCCACGCCCGCGGAAAAGUGCUCGCGACAGGAAAGGUCAAGCAGCAGGGCGUGGGGUGUGUUCCUCCCCAUCAGUCGCAGAGGAAGCUUCUUCCAAGACGCGUUUUUCUCGGACACACACAAGGACUUUGACUCCUCCGUCAGGGAGGUGUUGGCCAGAUGGAGUGGCGACGAUUUCCAAGCGAAAGACUUCCGCCGGGAGGAUAUUAUGGACCGAUACAGACAGCUUCGAUCUCGCAACCUCAAGGAAGAGAACCAGGCUGUCACAGUCACAUCUGACAACACAAGUCACAAGAUUGUGCUGGACGUGCAUGACUUUCUGGAAGGAGAUGUGAGAGUGAAGGUGUUGGACGAGGAGGAGCUGUUGGUGGAAGGACACGUGGAGAGGAAGGAGGAAGGAAGCCUGUCCGUCUCGUCACACUCCUUCAGACGCUACUUCUCUUUGCCUCGACACACAAACGUGACGGCGAUCACGUCCGUCAUGUCCACAGAUGGAAUCCUCACAAUCACUGCGCCAAAAAUGAAAACGGAAACUACAAAGGAAAAUAUCAUCACUCAGACUUCCACUUUGAAUAACUGUGAGAAAGUCAGCGAAACUCGAACACAAAUGGCAUCAAACGACGAAUCGGAAACUACACAGUCAAGUCUUAGCACAGACUCAGAACACUCGUCUUCUACACGAAAAGAAACUUGUUCUUGCCAUUUUGGGACCAAAGGAACAGCUGAUUCCUCUAGACUUCACCGCGGUUCGAGGGACACUCUCUUGCCCAUCACUCGAAGGGGAGACUUCUUCCAGGACUCAUUCUUCUCCGGUAUACACCGCAAUUUCGACGCCUCCAUCAGGAAGGUCCUCAACGGCUGGAAUGACGCCGACCUCCAGCUGGCGGACUUCUGGGAUGAUGACGACUUCCACCGCAGCGACAGACUGGGCCGCUACAGACAGCUGCGAUCGCGGAACCUGUGGAGUGACAACCAGGCCGUUACAGUCACUUCGGAUAAUAUUAGUUAUAAGAUCGUGUUGGACAUGCAUGACUUUGUGGAUGGAGAUGUGAAGGUGAAGCUGAUGGGCGAGAAGGAGCUGCUGGUGGAGGCCCUUUCGGCCGGGUCCUCGCGCACCUUCAGACGCAGCUUUUCCUUGCCUGAGUCCACUGACAUGACAUCCAUCACGCCUGUCAUGUCGUCAGAUGGCAUCCUCACAAUCACUGUGACCAAGAAGGAGACUGAAACACAACAGAAGACGACUGUCAUCCCCAUUAGCGUCAAGGAAACGCACAAUGCAGAAGUUCACAGCUCAACUUCCUCGACGACCUCGGGAGUUUCUGAGGAAGCGUCGUCUGGCCAGAGAACGUCCCACACAGCCCAACAGGAGGAACGCAAAUCCACACGAUGCCAUCAGGAGAAGAUCGACGAGAACAAGACCCAAACUGCAGCUUCCAGUAUCUCAAGCAACACCCAAAUAUCAUCACAGAAGCAGUCGUCUGUGAUCUCAGAUUUCGCUUUCACAAAAAUUUCCGACUCGCUGGAAGCAAAGGAAACUCUUGGCAGUUCGCAAGACGAUUCCUUGGCCAUCGCGAGGAGAGGAAGCUUCUUGCAAGACUCGUUCUUCUCCGACAUUCGCCGAGACUUCGACGCCUCCGUCAGGGAAAUCUUGAAGAAAUGCGACGACUCCGACCUCACGCUGACAGGCGAUGUCAGUCAGUGA